CAGCAUGACCCAUUUAUCAACCUUCACCUCUCUGUAAAAAUCUCUAUCUACUACUCUCUCUUCCACACCUACACACAAACAGAAGUUCACUCACGCUACAACCACCGAGACCGCCAUGGCGUUUCCUUACAUGGAAGCUGUUGUCGGUUUUAUGAUAUUGAUGUAUGUCUUUGAGUCUUAUCUUGACUUGCGGCAACAUGCUGCACUCAAACUGCCUACACUUCCGAAAACGUUGCAAGGAGUGAUCAGCCAAGAAAAGUUUGAAAAGUCCCGUGCCUAUAGUCUUGAUAAAAGCUACUUUCAUUUUGUUCACGAGUUUGUUACAAUACUAAUGGACUCUGCAAUUUUGCUAUUUGGAGUAUUGCCCUGGUUUUGGAUGAGUUCCGGUGAAUUUUUGUUGUUCAUUCGCCUCAAUGCCGAGAAUGAAAUAUUACACACCCUUGCCUUCUUAGCUGGUGUAAUGUUUUGGUCACAGAUUACUGAUUUGCCAUUUUCUUUGUACUCAACUUUUGUGAUUGAGGCCCGCCAUGGUUUCAACAAACAAACAGUAUGGCUAUUCUUUAGAGACAUGAUCAAAGGAAUUGCCUUAUCUAUAGUGAUUGGGCCGCCUAUUGUGGCUGCAAUCGUCGUUAUAGUGCAGAAAGGAGGUCCUUACUUGGCAAUUUAUCUUUGGGGGUUUAUGCUUGUUUUGUCUCUUGUGAUGAUGACUCUUUACCCUCUAUUAAUAGCCCCUCUGUUCAACAAAUUCACGCCACUUCCAGAUGGAGAACUUAGGGUGAAAAUUGAGAAUCUUGCAUCCUCUCUCAAGUUUCCAUUAAAGAAAUUGUUCGUUGUUGAUGGGUCUACAAGGUCAAGCCAUAGCAAUGCUUACAUGUAUGGAUUCUUUAAAAACAAGCGUAUUGUCCUUUAUGACACAUUAAUCCAGCAGUGCAAAAACGAGGAAGAAGUUGUUGCUGUUAUUGCCCAUGAACUGGGUCACUGGAAGCUUAAUCAUACCAUGUACUCCUUCAUUGCGGUCCAGAUUCUAACAUUCUUGCAAUUUGGAGGGUACACUCUUGUGAGGAACUCAAGUGAUCUGUUUCGGAGUUUUGGAUUUGAUACACAACCUGUCCUUAUUGGACUUAUCAUAUUUCAGCACACUGUAAUACCUCUUCAGCAUCUUGUAAGCUUUGCUCUAAAUCUUGUCAGCCGAUCUUUCGAGUUCCAGGCUGAUGCUUUUGCUAAGAAGCUUGGUUAUUCCUCGGCACUUCGAGCUGGUCUUGUGAAAUUGCAGGAGGAGAACUUGUCAGCUAUGAACACAGAUCCUUGGUAUUCUGCAUAUCACUAUUCUCAUCCUCCACUGGUUGAGAGAUUGGCUGCAAUUGAUGAACCUGAUAAAAAGGAAGACUGACUGCAACAAGGUCAAUCUAGAGUUCGACAUAGAAUUAGAUCAUGUCAUACAUUGAGCAGAAUCACCACAAGCAUGAGGAUCAAUAUCUGUAAGACUGCUUUUCCUAUAUGAAUUCAGCAGGUAAGUGAUGGUUUUCUAGUUAUCGUGCCAAGAUUCCACACCAAACGGUAAACUGAGUUUAAAGAGAAUUAAUGGAGUGAAAAAGAAGAAAAUUGGCCAUGGAAUGUCCUAGUGUAACUGGAUACUUUUUGUAUUGUGCCUGUAUCAGGUAAGAACAGCUGAAGUUCAUAUCUUUGUUUUUCAUCUGCCAGUAUUGGCCACAUAUCUUAUUUUCCAGACACAGGUGUUUAGCAGGAUUUGAUUACUACAAUGUGGCAGUUCCAAUUUCUAUGCAGGAUGGUAGAUUAAUAUUUGCCAAUGCAGUUAUUAGAUAUUGGAGGCUCUUUGUAGAAUUCUUUGGCCUUCAAAAUCUGGUAGAUAAAGUUAAACUUGUUUUGAAUUGCUUGGCCUCAGGCAGCAACUCAUUUCCUAACCAACAAGACUUAAAAUGAUAGAUUAGGAUCAGGAGUUAUCAAUAUUUUAGAUCUGAUUUCUUAGCCAUUCCUGAGAACAGCAUCCAGAGUUUUGGCAUAUUGUUUGAGGUCCUAAAUGGUAUUAGCCUAUACUUCCCAAACAGGUAACAAUGAACAAUUUGCAGUGUUUUUUGUUUUUGGUCAGUUUGACCUCUUUUUUUUUUUUGGUGGAGGAAUUUACUUGUAUUUAUCACCAGUCUUGGAUUUAUGAUUGCAAUACAAAUUUUGAAAUACAAAGACUCAUUUGCAUUGUA